AAACAAACAAACCAAAACAUUAGAAUAUCGUAUCUUGCUUUUCUUCUCUUUUUUCCUCCAAGUUGGAGUUUUUCUUCAAAGGCAAUGUUCCCUGCAGUUAUGUCCAAUUCGAAUUCUUUGUCCGAAGAGGCCAGUGUUUCCUCUGGUACAAGAAUUGGCGGACUUAAUCACGUAGUCACAAACAAUAUUUAUCCACAGCAGCCUCAGAAAAUCAAGAAAAAGAGAAGCCUCCCUGGAAACCCAGACCCAGAUGCUGAAGUGAUUGCUUUAUCACCGAAGACUCUUCUAGCUACUAAUAGAUUUGUGUGUGAGAUCUGCAACAAGGGUUUCCAGAGAGAUCAGAACCUUCAGCUUCAUAGGAGAGGGCAUAACCUUCCUUGGAAGUUGAAGCAAAGGAACAGCAAAGAGGUGAAGAAGAGAGCAUACGUUUGUCCAGAACCUUCAUGUGUUCACCACAACCCCUCAAGGGCUCUAGGGGACCUUACAGGAAUUAAGAAACACUACUGCAGAAAGCAUGGAGAGAAAAAGUGGAAAUGUGACAAGUGCUCAAAGAUCUAUGCGGUUCAGUCAGAUUGGAAAGCUCACUCCAAAACCUGUGGUACUAGAGAAUAUAGAUGUGAUUGUGGAACCCUUUUUUCCAGGAAGGACAGCUUCAUAACUCACAGAGCAUUCUGUGAUGCAUUGGCUGAAGAAAGUGCAAGACUGACGGCAAACCAAAUAGCCACAACCAACACAAACCCAUUAGUCCCCUCCCUCUUUCUCUUCCCAACCCAACACAAUAACUUCCAAAACCACAUCACUCCUUGGGACCCAUCUCAACAAAGCCCUAACCCUAGCAACCUUACUUUGCUCCACCCCAACAUCAAGCCUGAAGCUCAAAACUUUCACAUCCCCAACAACGCCCCAUUUCUUCAUCAGCACCAAAAGAACAUGAUAACCUCACCCUUCCGUGAUCUCCACGUCCGCACCUCCACCGCUGCCACGUCAGCACACCUCUCGGCCACUGCACUUCUCCAGAAGGCUGCAACCGUCGGUGCCGCUGCCAUCACGGGCCCUACUCAGCAGAGUCACGUGACUCACCUCAGCAUGUCCGAGUUCGGAACCAUGACUCAGCUCGACUCGGUGCCACCCGAACGCUACAUGAACAUGAGAGGCCUAAAUACUACUUCCAACCUUAAAAAUAAUGACCGUCUCACGAGGGACUUUCUGGGCCUCACCGGCGAUACCAACGGCGGCGCGGUUGACGUUAGCAUCGACAUGAAGGAUAUGCUAACGUUUACGGGGGGUAGCGUAGAGUACCAACAACAACCUUAUGAGCACCAUCACAACUCAAUUUUCAAGUCCCAACAAGGAUUUGGAUUCCUUGGUACGACAACUGCCCCCGAAUCGUGGGGAAAUUGUUAACAUAAACAAAAGAGUGAUUCCAAAACUAUGAGCUAGGGUAGAUUGGGCAACUCAAUUUCCUUUGUCUUGAACCUUGUACGAACUUGUAUUUUAGCAAAACUUGAAUACAUGCAGUAUCAUGGUUUUUUUUUUUUUUAAUUAGAAUCGACAUUUUAUUUCGAUAAUUGCUGGCGAUUCUGAUUAUCGAGAUAAGAGUAUCAAUUGCAAAUGUCUAUUUAUAAACACCAAACAUAGUACUUGUGGUACUGGUAUUGUAUUUAAGUUUUGGCUUAUUUUUACUCCUAUGAACUACAAUGUUAAACGCUUUAUAUAUGUUUCUUAG